UUCAACGGGCGAGGUCUUUUCGAAACCAUAGCUCGCUUUGUUUCCCAGGGAGGUAUAUUUGGGCUUGGAUUUUUGGCUCCCUUUUUAUGACAUUCACUUUCAUUCCCGCCACUUAUCCCCAGGCAGAGGUACUUCACUAUUGGAAAUUUGCUAUCUUUUCUCGAUUUUGUUGUUUAUUGCUCGCCAAAUCCAGCUCGCUUUCUUCUCAUUUCCACCUCUGUAUUCGAUCGAGUCUUCACGGUUUUCUCGACCUCGAGCAAGUUUGGCUGGUGAUUUGUUCCCUGCCCAUAUGGACCCCGGUGUUUGUUUGUUUUCGGUGAGAACCCACGGAUUCAGUGCUUCAAGCCAGGGGGAUUAUUGGCGUUUUCUUCUGAUUUUGGGUUUUGGAGAUGGUUAUAGCAAGAUAUGGCUGAAUUGAAAUCAGAGGAGUGUUGUCUAGAGAACAAGCAAUCUACUGCUGCGUCUACCUCCUCUAUCUCUGAAGGCAGUGCCAGUGUUGUACACAAGUCCCCUGGGAGAUAUAGCCCCGCAUCAACAUCACCUUCCCAUCGGAGGACCACUGGCCCCAUCAGGCGUGCAAAGGGCGGCUGGACAGCCCAGGAGGAUGAGACAUUGAGGAAUGCUGUUGCAGCUUUCAAGGGCAAGAGUUGGAAGAAAAUAGCUGAAUAUUUUCCUGAUAGAUCAGAAGUGCAAUGUCUGCACAGAUGGCAAAAGGUUCUUAAUCCUGAGCUUGUUAAAGGCCCUUGGACUCCUGAGGAGGAUGACAAAAUUGUUGAACUGGUAUCAAAAUAUGGGCCAGCAAAAUGGUCUAUGAUAGCAAAAUCUUUGCCUGGUCGCAUUGGGAAACAGUGUCGAGAGCGAUGGCACAAUCAUCUUAAUCCUGAAAUAAAGAAGGAUGCCUGGACUUUGGAGGAAGAACUGGCCCUCAUGAAUGCUCAUCACAUGCAUGGGAACAAAUGGGCUGAAAUUGCUAAAGUUUUGCCUGGAAGGACUGAUAAUGCAAUAAAGAACCACUGGAAUAGUUCAUUGAAGAAAAAAUUAGAAUUUUAUUUAGCUACAGGAAAUCUUCCACCAAUCCAAAAGAACAGUGCUCAAGGUGGUGUGAAAGAUACAAUAAGACGCUCUUCUAGUAAAACAGUACAUGUAUGCUCAAAUAAAGUAUCAGAUACUGCCGCUGAGACAUCAUCAGAAAAUACAGAGAACACUAAAGAUGGCGGUGGAAAGAAUCAACUAGAGUCCUUGGCAACUGUGAGAGAGUUUGAUAAUUCUCUGAACGUUCCUGCAAAUGAAGGUGCUGAUUCUGACUUUGGAGAGUGGAGGCUCAGAUCAUCCAAUAUAGAUCUUGGCUGCAGCAACUCAGAACCAGUGUCAAGGGAUAAUUUUGGAUUGACCAGCGACCUAAAAUUUGAUAACACUGGACUAAAUGGCAAGCAUAAAGUUGGGAAUUGUGUGAAUAAUGGCGAAAUGAGAAGUAGCAGGCUAGUUGGUACAUCUUUUUCACAGGAUAUUCCAUCCUCUGGUUCUUUGUAUUAUGAGCCUCCAUUGUUGGAGAGCUCAGUUCCUUUAGAUUCCCUUUAUUUAAGUAUGUAUUGCCUGCAGAACGAGUACAAUGCUACUCAAGUAAUGUCACCUGUCGGUUUCUUCACCCCACCUUGUGUGAAGGGCAGUGAAUUAUGCACAGAGACUCCUGAAUCAAUAUUGAAAAUGGCUGCUAAAACUUUCCCAUAUACUCCUUCCAUAUUGAGGAAGAGAAAGAAUGGAGUCCAAGCACAUGUAACUCCUUGUAAAGUUGUGAAAGUGGAUGGUGGAUUUCAUACUUCUAAUGAACAGGAGGAAACCAAGAAUAAUUCUGGUUCUGGGUAUGGAGAGCUCUUUCAGAGUCCAGCAAGGGAUGACAUCCUCAAUAACAUGGCUUUCAAUGCUUCUCCCCCUUACUGGUUAAGAUUCAAGCGAAAAGCUUUUGUCAAGUCUGUGGAGAAACAACUUGAGUUUGCUUUUGAUAAAGAGAAGCAUGAUAGCAACAAAAUGGAAAAAUCUGCUAGGAGCACUGCAAUGGCUGGAGAUUGCUUACCUGAUACAAAAGUGGCAGUGACCUAGUGCAUUAAUUUAAGAUGUCAUCAGAUAUGAUUCUUCAUGCAGGGAUCAAAGCUGGAACCUGGAAGAAUCUUGUCAAAGGAGAUCUUGCCAAUUUUGAAAAGCUAAUAUAGAAGAAUACAUGAAUCACUGUGACUUGCUAAUCCACGCGAAAGUUGGUUUGCAGGUGCACUCAAUAACUAGCCCGUGAGCAGAAUUAAGGAGCAGUAGGCGUCUGAUAUAUGCACAAUAAUAAAUUUUUAUAGGUUCCAUAAAGUUGUGGAUAUAUAUGUAGCAUAUUGACAGUACCAGAUUUGUACAGCAAGCCCCAUCUUAGAAAGAGGAAAUGUUUUGAAAUUUUUAUGAAGUCCGUCCUUUUUUGGGCCUUUCCUGUUAACUUGGCUCAUAGUGGAAUGAUUUUUUUCUUUA